CGCAUUCGCAGUACAAUUUCGAAAAGUGACGAUAUAAUAUUGUCUCAUCAAGCUUGAUUUCGGUUUUGUUUUCCGCGAUUGCGACUCAGAUUUCUAUCGGGAAAAUAUAAUAGUGAUCAUUUAAAAUCAAAAUUCGACGUUUACGUAGUGAUAAUUAUAGCACGCGAAAAUAAAAUCACGCACUGAUAAACUCUCGAUUAGCAUUAUCGCAACCUCGAGCACGUGGACGACGAAGCGGAGCAGCCACGAGGCCGGGCGACGACACGAGAGCCACGCAGAUUCAGCGAGCUUCCGAGCGACUCGAAUUCCGCGCCGAUUUGACAGGACGGAGGUCGAGUAAAACGGCGACGAGGAGGCACGUGGAGGGAACUCGGUAGAAGCGGACCAAACGACAGAGAAACUCGGCGGCCGUGCUCUGCGCGGGAUUCUCUCGUUCUCUCAUUCUCUGUCGAGUGGCGAGGGUCGGCUACGACGCGACGACGACAACGACGGCGACAACCCCGAAACGCAGGAAAAUGCCGGAGACCGCGCAUCACAUGAACGGUUACGCGAAUGGCCACGCGCCGCCCGAGCUACAGCAGGACACCACUUUCCUGUUCACGUCGGAGUCGGUCGGCGAGGGACACCCAGACAAAAUGUGCGAUCAAAUAAGCGAUGCCAUUUUGGAUGCACACCUGAAGCAAGAUCCCGAUGCUAAAGUAGCAUGUGAAACUGUAACAAAGACCGGGAUGAUACUUUUGUGCGGAGAAAUUACAUCAAAAGCUGUAGUAGAUUAUCAAAAAAUCGUUCGAGACACAGUAAAGCACAUUGGUUACGACGAUUCUUCAAAAGGUUUUGACUACAAGCUGUGCAAUGUUCUGUUGGCGCUCGAUGCUCAAUCACCAAAUAUUGCGGCAGGCGUUCAUGAAAACCGUAGCGACGAGGAAGUGGGAGCAGGAGAUCAGGGUCUAAUGUUUGGAUACGCAACCGAUGAAACCGAUGAAUGCAUGCCACUGACGGUCGUAUUGGCGCAUAAAUUAAAUCAGAAAAUUGCCGAACUAAGACGAAGCGGCGAAUUAUGGUGGGCUCGUCCAGAUUCAAAAACACAGGUGACCUGCGAAUAUAUCAUGGAUCAUGGGGCUUGUGUACCUAUAAGAGUUCAUACUGUUGUGGUAUCGCUGCAACAUAGCGAAAAAAUCGGUUUAGAUGAGCUACGCAAAGCGAUCAUGGAGAAAGUCAUCAAAGACGUAAUACCACCGAGAUAUCUGGAUGACAGAACAAUCUUUCACGUGAAUCCUUGUGGGCUGUUCAUUAUUGGUGGACCACAGAGUGACGCUGGCCUCACAGGACGAAAAAUCAUCGUAGACACAUACGGUGGUUGGGGAGCGCACGGUGGUGGUGCAUUUUCCGGUAAAGAUUUUACAAAGGUGGACAGAUCGGCUGCAUAUGCCGCAAGAUGGGUUGCAAAGUCCCUGGUAAAAGCCGAUCUCUGCAGGCGCUGUCUCGUACAGGUCUCCUAUGCCAUUGGGGUGGCAGAACCAUUAUCAAUCACAGUGUUCGAUUAUGGCACAUCCACACGUUCCCAGAACGAGCUUUUAGAUAUAGUGAAUAAAAACUUUGAUUUACGACCGGGAAAGAUUGUCAAGGAGCUGAAUCUUCGCAAUGCUAUUUAUCAACAAACCAGUACAUAUGGCCAUUUUGGACGGGAUGGUUUCACAUGGGAGCAACCAAAAAAAUUGAUUCUCGAUUGAUGAGAGAAUAGGCUUUAAGUUGGCUUCGGCGUUUUUCGAUUAAAUAGGCAUCCGAUAAAACGUCUGUUUCUCUAUCUCUUCCUCUAUCUAUCUUUCUCUCUCUCUUUCUCUCAGUAAUCGUGUUAUAUCAAAUAAAAAAAUGAUGAACAAAAAUAUUGCCCGAAGCCUUUUUCGGAGAUUUUUUUUUAUCUCUGUGCCGCAACUAUUACCGAGUCCACCGAUUUCUCAAUGCCAAUAUGUUAGCAGUAGCAAGGACUGAAGAGAAAAGGGAGGAAUUCUUUUUCUAGUUCUUUUUUUUCGUGCCGUGAAGAGUAUACACUUGGUAUACAUAUUAUGACGACAGACAUAUAGUACAAAUCUCUCGUUCAUAAUCCGACACGCGGAUAUGGACAAUCAUUUCUUCCUUCACUUUUCGCGGAAUCGGUUUUCGGGUGAUACUUCUCAAUAACACGGUUAAACAAUCAUCUAGGUACAAUAAACGCAUCGUGCGGGGAAAGGGGUGAAUCGAAUCUAUUACGGAGCCCCAUAUUGUUGUAAGCCCAUAUUUCACGUCCUAAUGAAUUUCUUUCUUUAACGUUCAAUUAGAUAAUUCAGUCUGGCAUAACUAGAAGCAAAAAAAAAACAGUAAAAGUUAUAGUGAACAAAUGUAACUUCCCAUCUGGAAAGAAAAUGUAUAAACAGGCGCUACAUCGAUUCGAAUUUUCAGAUUAAAAAAAUAACUGUAAUCCCAUAGAUUUUUAGCACGAUACUGGUAGCCAUUCACACGUACAUGAAAGUUCGAUCUUCCGAUCUGAUUAUAAUAAUUUUCAAAUGCACGAAAAUAUAAAUCUCAAUAAGUUUGCAUUUUUUAUCUUGUCUUGAGAUUUAGCGCCAUAUAUAUGUAUGUAUAAUCGAUCUUUCGUGUACGUAUUUUCAUUAGAAUUAUUACCAUCGUCUUAAAGCGGUAAAAAUAUCGGGAAAUAUAAUUGAUGACAGUGAUGUGUCUAGCGUGUAUGUAGCAAAGCAGGAAAUGACGCUUGUGUUCGAGUCUCAUGAAGUAGUCGUGACAUAUUAUUGGAUCGAUCAAUACAUUACC